AUGCUGAAGAUAAGUUCUGUACUACUAGUGGUUGUAUGGCUAUUGCAGUUGGUAAUAGUGGGACGAUGCUCUUCGAGGAUUGUGCAUCUGGAUAGCAGCGAGCAGUUCUAUGAUCUGGUACAUGCUAAUUAUUAUAGAAAUAAAGAAUCAGCGACGAAUAUACUGUUGUAUGUGUUCAAACCUGGGUGUAGAUACUGUGCGGAGUUGGAACCGAAGCUGGAUUUCCUGACGACAGUGUUUCCUAACGACAGUACAGUGAAAUUCGUCAAGGUGAAUGGACAACAAGCUUCUACACUCGUUAAAGAUCUUUACAUCAGGAGCUUUCCUCAAUUGUUCAUAUUCAAACCAAUACCUGGUCAAAGUAUGGAAGUCACUAAUAAUAUACGAGAGACUGUAAAGGAUAAUUCAUUCUUAUCUCAGUUUCAUGGAGAAAGAACCGUUAAAAGACUCGCACAAUGGAUUUCUAAUAAUGUCGGGGAGAUGGCUCAUUGGCCAACUUCAAGAGUCAAUUACAAUAUCAGAGACAUUGAUGAUUUCGUGCGUAUAAUGCCACAAUCUUUGAUAGAAUCUAUUUUUCCUACGGAUGAUUCGGUAAAGGAUUCAGGAGAGAGACCGGCAUGCCUUGCUUUUGUUAACUCAUGGAUGGAUAUACAAUAUGUCGACAUGUUUAAUGGUGACUUGAAUACCUUAAUAUUAGAAAAAAUGAGUGACCACUGGAGAUCAAUCGAUUUCUAUGUUAUUGAUUCCUCUGUACCCGAAUUGUCAACGUUGUCUACUCAGCUUCAGGUAGCUCAUUCACCAACGUUGUGUUUUAUCUUUAAAGGUAAAAUUAUCAAGUCCGCUCUAAAGCCUUACGAUGACAAUUCUAGAGAUAGAGAGAUGGAAUACUUCAAUGAAAUUAUCUCCAAAUGUGUAGUGCCUACACUCCAAGAUAACAAGGUUUGUGAAGAACACAUAAAUUCCUUACCUUUAGCCGAAUUCUUCACUCUUUCACCCCUCCUCUCUAACGGAGACUCGGAUGAAACAGACUGUAACGAUGACGACGACGACGAUGAUGAUAAUGAUUAUGAUGAUGAUGAUGAAGUGCCAUUUGACGUUUUUGACCUGUAA